AUGUCUUUCAACUUCGGUGACAGUGUUAGCGAGGCGGCGUUCGAGCAAAUUCUUGAGAUGGACGACAGCCCGUCAAAUCGCGAUUUUAGCAAAACGCUUGUUUACGACUACUUCGACCAAGCCAAGGAGACGUUCCAAGGGAUGGACGCAGCCGUCGAAGACCUCGCAAAACUGUCGGAUUUGGGCCACUUCCUGAAGGGCUCAUCAGCAGCACUCGGUUUCGACAAGGUGAAGGACCACUGCCAGGUCAUCCAGCAGUACGGAAAGAAGAUGACGCUUGACGGCACCCCCGAGCCGGACAAGAGCGUAUGCCUGGCCCGGAUAACAGAGGCGAUUACGGCAGCAAAGGCCAACAUGACGAUUGUCGAAGACAAGAUGAACGAAUUCUUCGGCGUGUGA